AGUUUUCCGAAGCAUUUGGCCAAUGACAGACGAUGAGAAUGCCUGGCAUACUAAACUCAGGGUGAACAAACCCACGAACAAUUCAAUCUCGCGAGAGCACCACAUUUGGCGCGAAUACAUAAAGAGUUGUCUUUGUACACAGACGCUGGGGUUGCAGUUGCGUUUUAAAAUAGUACUUUUUAUUGAAUCGAUAGAAUCUUUGAGUGGCUUCAAAUGAGCCAAUUAGAAUACGAAGUAGCAAAACAUAUGAGGUAAUUUAGUCCCUUUAAAAGAACAAAACGAUGUCGGAAGCCGCGUUUGAUGACAGCGAGAUCAACCAAGAAGAUGACAGCCAGGAGGACGUUAUGACUCCAGCAGAGCUGAUCGCCAAACUGGAAGAGGCUUGGCUGAAUGAGAAGUUCUCCCCCGAGCUGCAGGAGAACAAAUCCGAAGUGGUGGAAUGUGUGAUGGAGCAGCUCACUCAUAUGGAGUCCAACUUGCAGCGAGUGAAGAAAGGCGACACCAAGGCCAGCAUACAUCGCAUGGAAGUGGACCGGAUCCGCUUUGUCCUCACCAGCUACCUGCGCUCCCGGCUGCAGAAAAUUGAAAAGUUUUUCCCUCAUGUCCUGGAGAGGGAAAAGUCUCGAGCUGAUGGGGAGCCAUCCCUGCUUUCCCCCGAGGAGUUUGCAUUUGCCAAAGAGUAUUAUGACAACACAGAAGCGUACCUGAAAGCGGUAGCGCUGAAGCGGAUGCCACCUAACCUACAGAGCAUUGACAUGCUCAAAGCAGUUCCGGAGCCCUGCUUAGACUCGUUUGUGUUUCUGCGAGUCAAAGAGAAACAAGAAAAUAUCUUGAUUGAGCCUGAAACAGAUGAUCAAAGAGAGUAUGUUGUGGAUCUGGAAGAGGGCUCGCAGCACUUGAUGCGGUAUCGCACCAUCGCGCCGCUCAUCUCAAAUGGGGCCGUGAAGCUGAUCUGAAGACUCAAAAUUGUCCUCCAGUGAGAGUUUCCACUCCUGGGAAGUUUUUUUUUGUUUUUUUCCCGUUUAUAUUGUUCUUUUGAACUGUUGUAAAUACAGGUGGAAAACGUUUUCUUUCUAAAUUUAAUAAAUGACAGACAUGUGACCCAAAUACUGAUGUUUUCAACAUAUUUAUGUUGAUUUGCUGUAUUGUAUAUUUUUCUAUUUUUUUUUCCAACUGUGGAAUAAUAUUAUAAUUUGUUUUAUUAGCAAUUUGUCAUCCCUGCAAAGAAAAAUAACUCAUUAGAUGGCUUUUUAAUGCAGCACUAUUCAUUGGUUUAUUGUAUAUAUUUGUAUAUGUAAAUGUUUUUCCUAAAAGCUUUUGUUUGACAUUAUUGUGCAUUUUCAUUAUAAAAAAAUAAAUCAAAGUUUAAUAGCU